AAUAUGUCAGAUAGGCCUUCCACUCCAGGCCUGUCUAGUGAUUUAAUUUAACAUAUUUCAUUUAAAAUUACAAGAGGAAACUUGAAACCACUGUGGAAAUACAGCGGUAGAUGUGAAACGAAAACUGCUUCCUCGACACGAUAGGUGACAUGCGGUGAUGUUGCUAAAAAUGCCUCGUGUCGUUGCGGACCAAAAAGCUAUAUUUGAGUCCAAUGAGCUUUUCCGUCGUCUAAGUAGAGAAGCUGAGAUAAAAUACACUGGAUACAGAGAUAGAGGAGCCGAAGAACGUCAACUGAGAUUUCAAAAUAGUUGUCAGUCAGGAAGGGCCGAAAUCGCAUUUGUCAGCACAGGUACGAACUUGACUUUACAAUUUUUCCCAUGGAAUACUGAAAACACACAAAAUAUGAAUCCACCGAAAGAAUAUGUCAAUUUUGAACGAGAACCAGGAAAGGUAUUUCUAAAAGCACCGUUUAUUUUGAAUGGCGUGUGCGUACUGUGGAAAGGAUGGUUACAUUUGCAUAGGCUGGAAGGGAUGGGCUGUAUCGAAUAUGACGAAGAACGUGCAAUGGUUGAAGCGUCUCAUAUGGCAAACUCGUCACAAAAUUCCGCUUCUCAGUUACAUAAGAUUUCACAGAGUCAUAAAAACCAAAAUCACAAGCAUCCCUCGUCGGGUGGAAGCGGAGGAGGACAGCUUGAAAAACGUCCACGUCUCCACUAGCAGGAAUCGGACAAUGUCAUUAGCAGGAUGACCAAAAACAAAACCUGUUUUAUGCUUCUUAUUUCUUUUCUUUAUAUAUGUUUUUGUUUUUAAAUAGGAUAAUGCGUAUCAUCAAACCAUUUGUCAAUUUAGGUAUACGAGGAUCUUUUUUCGAUAAAGGUUCCAAGGCACGAUAACGUAACUCUAUAUUUGUCAUUUACUCUGCUUACCGAAAUUCACAGUGACUAAAUUCAGAUACAAGGGCAUAAUAGGUAUAUCGGGACUACGACUAUAUCUUGAACUACGACUCGUAACAGGGUGGCAUGGAUUUCGUAAAGUAUAAAUCGCACACCACACAAAAAACAACGCAUCUUUUAGCACGAAGGGACACUUUUGAUAGCAGACCUCAAGCAACUCAAAAAUACAUCGCAAUUUAACUAAACUAUAUACCGUAAGCAUGUACAAGUUUUACAAAAAAUAAUUUGGCUUUAUUUGGAGGAAGGUUCAAGGUAUUUCAAGAUAAGUCAUUUGUGUGGUUGAAAGAUCCCACGUGACAAUCACGUGUGGCAAAUUGAGUUUCAAAAAGUUGCUGCUUUAUAAUCGACGAACAAAGUCGCGUGUGUCGAAUGUAAAUCAAUAAGAACGAAAACCAACUCGCCAUAUUCGACGGUACUUCAUUAUGCCCAUCGUAUUCCUAACUUGACCUAGACCCAUUCUACAA